AGUCUCACCGGUGCGUUAAACCUUCGCUUAAGCACUUUCCGUUCUCCCUCUCCUCCGCAUCGCUCUCUGUGUAUGUGUAAUGUCAUCGAUUGUGAGUCGAGCUAGGUCAACUUCUCUUCCGAAUUUCCUCGCAUGGCGUGCUUUGGGCUUUCGCACCAUCUGCUCCGGCCGCCUGGGCUUCGCGCCGUCUGAUCCAGGCUUGCCGGCCACCGCAGGAACCAAAAUUUUGGAAUCUUUUAAAGAGGAAUUCGAAGUCGGAUCUCGCGUCGUCACUCUCGAGACGGGGAAAAUCGCCCGCUUUGCCAAUGGUUCCGUUGUGCUCGGCAUGGACCAGACCAAAGUUCUCUCUACCGUUACUUGUGCUAAGACCAACGAGCCUCGGGAUUUCUUGCCUCUCACCGUUGACUAUCAAGAGAAGCAAUACGCGCAAGGCUUGAUUCCAAAUUCGUAUAUGCGAAGAGAAGGUGCACCAAAAGAGCGGGAGCUGUUAUGUGGCCGGCUCAUUGAUAGGCCAAUUAGACCGUUGUUUCCUUCAGGGUUUUACCAUGAGGUUCAGAUAAUGGCAAGUGUACUAUCGUCAGAUGGCAAGCAAGAUCCAGAUAUACUGGCAGCUAACGCAUCAUCGGCUGCGCUCAUGCUAUCGGAUGUUCCAUGGGGAGGGCCCAUUGGAGUCAUUCGAUUAGGAAGGAUAGGUGGCCAAAUUGUUGUCAAUCCAACUAUGGAUGAGCUUAGCUCAAGUGAUCUCAAUUUGAUAUACGCUUGCACAAGGGACAAGACUAUGAUGAUUGAUGUUCAAGCCCGUGAAAUCUCAGAGAAAGAUCUAGCAGCGGCUCUGAGGCUAGCUCAUCCAGAGGCUGUUAAGUACAUCGAUCCCCAAAUAAGAUUGGCUGAAAAAGCUGGGAAACAAAAGAAGGAGUACAAAUUGUCCAUGCUUUCUGAGAAAACUUUAGAAAAAGUGACUGACUUGGCUGCAACGCGUAUUGAAUCCGUCUUUACUGAUCCUUCAUACGGCAAGUUUGAACGUGGAGAGGCUCUAGAUAACAUUGGAAAAGAUGUGAAAAAAGUAUUUGAAGAAGAGGGCGAUCAAGAAAGCUUGAGCAUCCUUCCAAAGGCUGUUGAUACAGUGAGAAAGAAGGUAGUCCGUUCAAGGAUGAUAUCAGAUGGAUUUCGAGUCGACGGGAGACAUCUUGAUGAAGUUAGGCCCAUCUAUUGCGAAUCGCAUUACCUACCUGGAUUGCAUGGGUCAGCACUUUUCUCACGUGGAGAUACACAGGUGCUUUGUACUGUCACACUUGGAGCCCCAGGAGAUGCACAAAGCCUGGAUUCUGUUGUUGGCCCCCCGAAAAAGAGAUUUAUGCUUCACUACAGCUUUCCUCCGUAUUGUACAAAUGAAGUCGGAAAACGAGGAGGCCUUAACAGGCGUGAAGUUGGUCAUGGAACACUUGCUGAGAAGGCAUUGCUAGCUGUCUUGCCCCCUGAAGAGGCUUUUCCUUAUACUGUUCGUAUAAAUUCAGAAGUGAUGUCCUCAGAUGGCUCCACGUCUAUGGCAAGCGUUUGUGGAGGUAGUAUGGCUUUGAUGGAUGCCGGAAUUCCUCUUAGAGCUCAUGUUGCAGGUGUCUCCGUUGGUCUUGUCACUGACGUUGAUCCAUCAAGUGGAGAAAUUAAAGAUUACCGUAUAGUAACCGAUAUAUUGGGUUUGGAAGACCAUCUCGGAGAUAUGGAUUUCAAGAUUGCCGGCACACGAAAUGGUGUGACAGCAAUUCAAUUGGAUAUCAAGCCAGCUGGAAUACCGUUAGAUAUUGUUUGUGAAUCAUUAGAAAAUGCACGUGAAGCCCGCCUUCAGAUUCUUGACCACAUGGAGAGAGACAUUAAUUCCCCACGAGACCAAGAUGGGGCUUAUUCCCCUCGUCUAGCAACUUUGAAGUACACCAAUGAUGCACUUCGUAGCUUGAUCGGACCUAUGGGUGCCCUCAAGAGGAAAAUUGAAGAGGAAACAGGUGCAAGAUUGUCUAUUGAUGAUGGAACAUUAACUAUUGUUGCCAAGAAUCAGGCUGUGAUGGAAAAGGCUCAAGAAAAGGUUGACUUCAUCAUUGGUCGUGAAAUAGUUGUUGGUGGUGUGUAUAAAGGCACGGUGACCUCUAUAAAAGAGUACGGCGCAUUUGUUGAGUUCAAUGGUGGCCAACAAGGCCUAUUACAUAUGUCUGAGUUAUCUCAUGAACCGGUCUCCAAGGUUUCAGAUGUAUUACAUAUUGGCAAGUACAUUACUAUGAUGUGCAUUGACACUGAUGUCCGCGGUAACAUUAAAUUAUCACUCAAAGCACUGUUACCCAAACCCGAACGGAAACCAGUAUGUAAUCCUGAAAAAAACACGGUGGUGGAAGAGUCGUCUACAGUGUCCAUAGAAACGUCUAGUGUUGGAGAGACAGUUGCAAGCAUGCCCAGUGUUGUAGAGACACCUCAGAAAUCUAAAUUAGCAGUUCCUGCAGUUGUCAUCCGUACUGCUGUGGAAUGUGAUGAGGCAGAGAAAUCUUCUCCUGUGGACAAGAACACCAAACCCAAACGUGCUACGACACAGAAACCAGACCGGAAACUCAAAUCUACUGCCUCUAAACAGACUGCGAUGCAGAAGGAAAAGGUGGUGCUCGAAUCCACUGCUCCAGAAGAAACUCUGGCUAUCUGUGGCGAGACACUGAAGCAAGACGAGAAAUUCGAAUCCACUUCUGCUGACCUAGUAUCAUCUUCAAAAACUAAGAAAUCUUCUAGGAAGGAGAAACAAGCAGAGAACGAAAGUGAAGAGAGUGCAUCGAUUAGUCCCCGGACACUGAAAAUAGGAACAGAAAUGAUGGCCAAAGUCCACCAGGUUCGAACCCGUGGAUUGGUUCUUGAUUUAGGUGGUGGAAUCCGCGGGAUGUACAAAUUCGAGGGCGAUGAAGAGACAGAGUUUGAUAUUGGAGACGCAUUGAAGGUGAAAUGUACAAGUUUUACUUCAAAAGGAAUCCCUGUGAUGGCUUUGGUUGACGACGAGGAGGUUUAAUAUGGUAAGCUAUCUUUUCUCUUGAGAAGUUUUUGAUACGUUGAGGAGAGUACUACAGAAGAAAGAAGGAGAAGGAAAGCGCGUGAAGAAGUGAGUGGCGCGUGAAAAAUAUAGUUGGCCUUGGUUCGGUUUAGUUGUAAUACCCGGUGAUUUUGGCGUGCCGUUUGUUUCUCUUAAUUGAUAAACCGUUAUGGUGACGUAUGAUGAUGAGUUAGGAAGUUAUGAUAGGUGCGUAACGUGAGUUUCAUACUCUUUGUCCCAUUUAUGCAAAAAUACAAAAGUACGAAA